GGCGGGAAUUCAAAAUGGCGACCACCAUGCGUACGGAAAACGUCGGAUUCUGUUUUCGUCCAGUUUUCUGUGAGAUACAAGAAAAACGUCGUGUAUAUUCGGUAGUAUUUGAAGGCUUUUAUCAAGACAACAGUUAGGAAUCAUUGUAUGAAGCCGUUUUAGGGUUAAAUUUUUCGUUAUGGCGUCCCAAAGUGUUUGGAAACCGGCGCAUAAGUUGCGGGAGGGCAGGCGGACUGCAGACGUUCUGAACACCGAGGGAGCAGACUUCGCCUCUCUGCUGCUGACCGAGCCCGUACAGCGGGGACUCACUCUGGCAGGCUUCGAGAGGCCGUCUCCGAUUCAACUCAAGGCCAUUCCGCUAGGCAGAUGUGGCUUAGACCUGAUUGUCCAGGCCAAGUCAGGUACAGGGAAGACCUGUGUGUUUGCAGUCAUCGCUCUGGAGAGUCUGGUGUUGGAGACAUACAGUACUCAGGUCCUGGUCCUUGCCCCCACCAGAGAGAUUGCUGUACAGAUCCAUGACGUGCUGGAGUCUAUCGGCCAGGCCAUGGUGGGACUGAAGUGCCAUGUGUUCAUUGGGGGACUGCCUGUCCACGAGGACAAACAGAAACUCAGGAAAUGCCACAUCGCCAUUGGCUCACCAGGCCGCAUCAAGCAGCUGAUAGAACUGGGUGUACUGAAGACCAGCAGUAUCAGGCUCUUUGUUUUAGACGAAGCAGACAAACUUCUGGAGACUGGCAGCUUUCAGGAACAGAUCAACUGGAUUUACUCGUCACUACCUGACAACAAACAAAUGGUUGCCCUGUCGGCGACCUACCCAGAAUCCCUUGCACAGCACCUGCAGGUGUACAUGAGAGACCCGACCUUCGUCAGGCUGGAUGUCCAGGACCUGUCCUUAAAAGGGAUCAAACAGUUUUACAGUGUCAUGCCUCAGAUGUCUUCAAUGUCCAAGGCCUUCCAAGCUAAAACAGACCAGCUGAUCAAGCUUUUGUCCAGAGUGCCUUUCCACCAAUGUCUCGUCUUCUCCAACGACCAGGGGAGAGCCCAGAGGCUUUCUGAGGACCUAAACUCCAAGGGAUGGCCAACAGCAUACAUUUCAGGAAGUCAAGAACAGACCCAGAGGCUGAAUGCGAUGUCCCAACUCAGGAACUUCCAGUGUCGAGUCUUGGUGUCAACAGAUUUGACUGCCCGUGGCAUUGAUGCAGACAAGGUGAACUUGGUGGUGAACUUGGACGUUCCCCAGGACUGGGAGACCUACAUGCACAGGAUAGGCCGGGCGGGACGGUUUGGAACCCAGGGUGCGGCAGUGACGCUGGUGUACAGUGGGAAGGAGGAGGGCAGGCUGGAGAACAUCACUCAACACUGUCGUCUGUCUCUACAGCCUCUGCCCAACCCAAUCCCUUCAACUCUGAUCACAAGCAAGGAUGUUACAUCUCAGGAGGUGAUGUCCUCAGGUGACCUGGUAACCGUGACAACCCUUUCCACAACACAAAAGUAUCCUGAAGAACAAGAGUCACUUGAACCACCUGGAGACUCCUGUAAAAUGGUACAUGGAAUCUGCCCUCAUACAGCUGCAUCAGGUAGGGCCGGUCCUAAAUCUUUAAACACAACUAACACAAAUGGAGCAGGAGAUGGAAACAGCCUAAUAAGGCAGAAAGCUUGCUGUCAAUCACAGCAGAGCCAAUCAGAGCAGUGUUUGAAUGACCAAUCAGAGCAGUCAUUCAACAACCAAUCAGAGGAGACUUUCAGCAACCAAUCAGAGCUGUCCUUCAAAAACCAAUCAGAGGAGACUAUCAUCAACCAAUCAGAGAAAGUCUUGAACAACCAUUCAGAAAACCCACUGAACAACCAAUCAGAGCAUGAGAGAUGCAGUCAGCUUCAUCAACAACCAAAAAACUCCUACAAUUCCAGGGUCUCAACAGGUUCGAGAUCAACUCUGUCAGUGAGUCUUUCUGAUAGUUGCAGUCAAGGUAGUUAUUCCCUCGAUGAAGAGGCAGAUUCCAAUAGUUGUGACAAAUCUAUGCACGAAGUCUUCUUACACCAAAGUGAAAUGGAAAAGGAAAGUACAGUGAACUUGGAGGGGGACUUUGAGAGAAAGUUGCCGGUGAGAGAAGUGAGGAUUCCAUCUCUAGCAUCGUUCAAAGGACAGCAGAAAGUCAGGCUAACAUUCCAACAGGCAGCAGAGGACCUGGAACAUUUCCUAACACAUGGUACAGAAAAGUAUGGAGCCCACAAUGUUCAACAGUUCAUUGUAAAACAAACAAUGAAGGAAGCGAGGAAAGACUCUGAGAGAACUAUACAAGAUGGUGAUGUUAGUUGCAGUCCUGAAGUUCGUGAAACUGUUCCAAAGCGUGAGAAGAGAAAGCCAAUUGGAAGUGGAAGGCUACAGUUGGCAGAUGAACUCUCCAACAUGAGCGACCAUAUAGAAGAUAUCUUAAACAGUUAUGGUGAGGGUGCAAGUGUUAAAGCUCACCUAGAUAAUCCUCAGUAUAAUGAAGAGAAUCUGAAACACUUAGUAGCAAAGAAUCAAGACUCUCGAAUGUCAACAGAAAUAGAUACUGCUGAAAAGACUUGGUCGACCUGGUCAAAACAAGGAGCAAGACCCAAGGGAAGUAAGGUAUCCAAAGAAAAUUCAUCAGAAUUGAACGGAUUUAACGAUGAUGGAAUACAAAAGCUCCACAGAACAGACAGGGAAGACAAUGAUUGCCCAUGGGAAGAACAAGAGGAGGAAGAGUUCAUUGAUUCUGAGGGGGAUGGAGGUAGUGAUGAGGAAUGGGAGGAGAGUGAGGGAGAAGAAACUGAUGAUGAAUGGGAAGAAGAGGAAGAUGAGAGUGACUCAACAGAGACUGGUGAAGAAUACAGUGAGGAGGAUUACGACAGCUACAUCAACCAACCAAGGUCCUUCUAUUCCAACAACCAUGAGAACUACUAUUACCAACCUGAUAAUACUUACCCACAGUACACUGACCAUGCACCACCGCCAUACUAUGAAGGGUAUCCUUGGUAUGGUGAAAACACGACAACUGGCGAGUGCAGUGAACAGUACACCAGCGCCCCCUACUGGAGUGUACCAGGAAGGACAGCUAUAGGUGAAACUUGGUGCUGCUGUGGUAGGCGAGACUGUGUGAGGAACAGGUGGUUGUCCACCUGGGCACGGGCUUAUUCCUCACAGUGUUUAUACAUGGCAGCCAUGCUGGGCAAUAGAGACUUAAGGUAGCAUAAUGAACAAAUCAUAUGGUAGACCUGGAGUAGGAAUGGCAAAAUCAAAGAUUCGAAAGUUUUACUCAUUUACUAUUGUAUUUAAAAGAUGGGACAGCAAAGCAAUGUCGUAUGAAUAUUUUUCAUGAAGUGUCGGAUUUUUAUACCCCAUGACAUGAUGUGCU